AUGGCUCACAGAAGAAUCUCAUCAGCAGAAAAAGGAAAAGGGGGCAUAUACCGUCGAACCUCUCAAGCAAGGGAAAGAUCAAACUAUGGAGAACAGAGAUAUGCACGGCCCCCUCGAGACUCAUCUCGGCAACAAGAACUUCCUGCACCUCCUAGCAGAAGCUAUUAUCGAGAAACUAAUAAGAUUCUCCCUGAAGCAAAAGAUACCGGCUCGAGUGCCUCAAAGAACGUAUAUGAGUCACCAAACGGGGGGAAUCCCCUAGAUCCUAGAUUAAACCAGCUACCCCAGAAAGCAGUUAAUGAAGCUUUGGGAGAGGUGAAAAAAGCUAUGCUGCAGUAUACCAAAAGUGCAAAUCCCACAGAGAGAGAAGCUAGGGAGGAACGAUCUAGACAAUCCGAAGAAGAAGGAGACUUUGAAGAAACUGCGAUACAAAUGGUUAGAUCGUCGCUGGGGACUAGUGUAGAGAGGCAAAAGGGGGACAAUCGUGGGGGUACCCCAGAGAGAGUCCCAGAACCUCAAAGAUUGGGACCCAACCCUCUUUCUCAAGGAAUAGUGUUCGGAAGAGUCUCUACCGAGGCAAUUCCUAACUCUCAGGAAAGGGUCCCUGCAACCCUCCGGUUAGGACCUCCUACAUCCCCCCAACCUAAUUUGAGGAGUUCCGGAAGCGGGGAAGGGGAUGAACCACCUCUGUCCCCUGCAUUACAGGCGCGUGUUCCUGCAUCUCUGCGUUUGCAAUCUGGGACGGAAAUACUAAACAGUGAGGAGACAUUGGGGGAUACAUCAAACGGAAAGAAGAAAAGAGGGCAUCCUCCGGGCUCUAGAACAGUGCAAGACAGCACAAAAGUGACACAAGGAGAGGGCUCACGAAGAAGAAGAGUUGUGCCGAAUAAACCUUCUCCACUUAGGAAAAAAGUCAAUGCAAGGAGGAAGGCUUCGACUGCAGCAAAUGACACAACAGCGUCACUUAAAAUGGUGAUGCGGCUGGUUUCGGGCGUCAAAAGUACCGCCGGCGGUGGUAGUCUCCACAUAGUUGGGCGAGAAGUUAGUUAUAAGUUUUGA